GGUCACAUCUGGCCCUUUGUGGCUGAUUGGCCGGAGCACUUCCUCCGCUGUGACAACCGUCUGAGCGGGGCAGAGGACAGGGCACGCGCAGCAGACACUCCAUCCUGUGCGCACCGGACACCAUGACCGGUGCAUCCCGAGGGACAAAGUUUGGCUAAUGUAGUAACGUGACUUCUGAGAAGGCAAAAAACAAGGUCCUGCUGAAGACUGGACAGUAAAUCAUCUCCCUGAACCAACUGUUUUUUUCUGAGUGAGAACGUUACAUUCUCAAUCUGGUGGGGUGACAGUGGCAGAACCGGAGCCAUGGAGGUGGCCCUGGUCGACUUUGAGAGCCUUGAGGACACUGAGAAUGAGGUGGAUCACUUUGCAGACGAGACCACCGCUCUCACUGCAGACCUGUCCCAGGACUGUAGUGUCCCCCCCAGUAACUACCUCAGACGGGCCUCUCAGUUUGCUGCCUCUGCCUCUCCCAGCCACCUGCCCUCAUGCUGCUGGGAGUCCAACUCCCCCUGCCCCCCUCCACAAGCCCACAGAGUCAGUAUCCCACACUCUCCAACACUGCCAACCCCCAGUCGACAGGGGCGCACCAGCUGUGCUAGCAUGCUAUCGAGCUGGAAGUUACUCCUUAGCAGUGAAGGCAGUAAGGAAAGUGAGAAGAUCUUCAGUCGACUUGCAAAAGAGUGUUGUGAGGAUCUAUUUGUUGAUAAACGUGGGCUUGAUGAUGGAGAUCAAAAAGUUAUCAUCAACAUAGCAGGGCUUCGAUUUGAGACCCAAUUAAAAACACUAGAUCAAUUUCCAGAGACACUACUGGGAGAUGCUCAAAAACGAAUGGAGUACUUUGACCCAAUGAGGAAUGAGUAUUUUUUUGAUAGAAAUCGGCCAAGUUUUGAUGGGAUCUUAUACUACUAUCAAUCAGGAGGAAAGAUUCGGCGACCAGCCAAUGUUCCUCUGGACGUGUUUGCUGAUGAGAUCAUAUUCUAUGAGCUUGGGACUGAGGCUAUGGAACAGUUCAGAGAAGAUGAAGGUUUUAUAAAGGAUGUGGAGGUCCCUUUGCCCACACAUGACAUUAAAAAACAGUUCUGGCUUUUGUUUGAGUACCCUGAAUCUUCUAACGCUGCUCGAGGUGUAGCGCUUGUGUCACUUUUUGUUAUCAUCAUAUCAAUCAUUAUUUUCUGUAUGGAAACACUACCAGAAUUCCGAGAUGAGCUGGAUCCAGUUGUUUCCACCACAGUACAUCCAUUUAACAAAACGAGAAAUCAAGAUGGGGAAUCCCUAUUUGGAGGGAAGGCGACUCCUUUCAAUGACCCUUUCUUUAUAAUUGAGACAGCAUGCAUUGCUUGGUUCUUCUUCGAGCUUUGUGUGCGUUUUCUGGCGUGUCCAAGCAAAAGGGAAUUUUUCCACAAUCUUAUGAAUUCUAUUGAUAUCAUCUCCAUCAUUCCCUAUUUUAUAACACUGAUAACAGAACUGGCAACUACACCAGCAGAGAGCACAGGACAGAAUAUGUCUUUGGCCAUUUUGCGGAUCAUUCGACUUGUGAGGGUAUUUCGUAUAUUUAAACUGUCCCGUCACUCAAAGGGCCUGCAGAUAUUGGGACAAACUCUAAAAGCCAGUAUGCGAGAGCUUGGGCUGCUCAUCUUCUUUCUCUUCAUUGGAGUUAUCCUCUUCUCCAGUGCAAUAUACUUUGCAGAGGUGGAUGAGCCUAACACUCAGUUUGUCAGCAUACCAGACGGCUUCUGGUGGGCUGUUGUGACUAUGACCACGGUAGGUUAUGGAGACAUGUGUCCGAUAACCAUGGCUGGGAAAAUGGUGGGGACACUGUGUGCAAUAGCAGGUGUAUUGACAAUAGCUUUGCCUGUUCCUGUCAUUGUCUCCAACUUCAACUACUUCUACCACAGGGAGACAGAGGCUGAGGACAAGACACCCUUUUCAGAUGCAAUUGAGCAGGCAUUGAAAGGUGACCCUAAAAAACAGGGUGACUCUAACAAAGAAAGUAGCAACACCUCACUCAAUAAACUUAACGGCUUAUGGCCGAACAGCAAAAAGAAAUAACAAAGAAAGAAAUCAACUUUUAUUAUGGAAAGAUCUUUGUAACUGAUCAGAGGACAAAAUUUAUUUAAGAUACCAGACAUACCUCAAAAGAAAUGAAUAUAAAUAGCCUAAUAUGUUUCAGUGGUUAGUUUUACUACUUUGGUAUUUUACUGUUGGCUUGAAUCAGUAAAAUAGCAGCACUACGUCAGUGUGGUAGCAAUUGUAAAUUGUCAAAAUAUCCAGACACUGAUAACACAAACUUUGUAUAAAAUAAACUAACACCAAUGUAAACCAUAUGAAAUACUUGAGGUGGUCUGUAAGAUGCGAUAUCCCUUAUUUUCAUUAUUUUAUACAAUACCAAAGUAGUAUUUAUAAACCUUUUACUAUGCAACAAUUUACUGUUAUCAACUCACUGUUUGGUUCGAAUGACUAUGGUGGAACCUUUCCCUUAUUUGGCUGGGCAUUCAACCUCUGCUUUAGACCUGCUCAUCCACCAGCGAGGUAUUCCUGUGCACUGGUACCAGCUCCAGAUGGACUCAACGACAUUGUCACAAACAGAAGAAAAUGAAUCACUGGUUAAGAGUGAGAUUAACAUUCUCUGUAGCAAAUAGUAUGGCAACUACCUUUUUGCAUGAAGACCUCUACUCCAUCAUGGAUCUCUUUUGUCUUCACAUUGUGAUAACUGUAGCAAGGACUGAAGUCCAGCAGUGUGACUGGCUCGGGUUUCAGAGGAGUGCCUUAUUGGGAUGAUUUUGCCAUAGUCUCAAUAGCCUACCCGUUAUCAAUGUUGUCAGUAUUUUUUAUCAGGGCAAAUGUUGGAAGUGAAUGGAUCUAUUUCUUUUCUUUUUAACUUCUACAUCUGUUAGAGAACAUGAAAUGGACAGCACUUAGUUUCCCAUGAUGCUAUCAAAAAUCACUGGACAAGUUUGCAUUAUCUGUAUCUGUGUUUUUGAUGAAUUCCAUAACUCACUUGAAGAAACUAUUUUCUAUUCUUAUAUCAU